AUGUUGAAACCCUUCCAAAUCAGAAACCUUCGGGUAUCCCAACCCGGGCAGUCUGCGGAUUCUCGUACUCCUGCAGGAGUUGUCCAAAUCUCUGCUACAGAUUACGAUGAUUUGGCGUCAAACCAUCCCCGCGCAAGGUUGACUUACAUGGAUGACGAUGAUGAUGACGAAACAAUCACCGUUGGAUCCGCUUUCGAGCUAUCUCAACGCCUUGAGGAGCCCCUAGACACUAACACACAGCUUGAAUCCGUCGAACUCUCUCCCCAAGAUAUCCCCAUGCACAUCUUUGAUAUUCGUCGAUCAAACUCCGUGACCGAGUUGUGGAAGCGAUUUGAAGAUAACGUUCCAAAACAAGGCAUGGCUGAUGAAAAGGACGAGACGCAAGCUACUUCUAAAACUAUUGUUCUCGAGGAGCAACAUGAAGUCCCAGCUCCUCAUAUCACGACCUCGCCGUCGGUCUCUAGGGACCAGCCUCGAUCUCUCAUGGAAGCAUUCGAAGCUGAGCUAGCAGACAUUCUCAAUGACGCUGAGUACUCGAAGAGUCGAGUACCUGAACCUGACUCGCCACCGACUGGGUCAUCAACCAACACAGACUCAGGGCGAUCCCCUCAUCCCGUUGAGAUUUUGGCAGCACAGGUUCUAGACCACCUGAUCAACGGAGCCACUAUGGUACAAUCUGAAUGGAGAUCAAAAAUACCCGAGCUACAGCGACAAGUACACAAUGCUCAGAAACAAUUUGAGGCUGCACAGAGAACUCUGCCUCAGAAUGUGCAAGCCUCAUUGCGGACACUACUCGCCACUGUUGAGGCUCACCUAAGAACCGCUUAUAAUAAUCUUCCAGAUGGCGGAAGGCAAAUGGCAGAAGAUGCCUUCCAGGCAGGAAGGCCUGUUGCUGAGAAUGCUGCUGAUGGUUUUCGUAUGAUGGCCUCCGAACUCAACGAAGUCGGAAGAACAUUAUUUGCCGCAUUUGAAAGCGAGUUUGGGCGCGCUACACCAACAGCCUCUGCGUCGACCCCGGCUUCUGAGAUGCCAAAUUCUAGAGCAACCGGGCCGUUCUUUAACUCUAGUUCAAGCAAUGAAUCUGCGGCUCCGAGCACUUUGUACCAGAACUCAGGCGCACAUUCUUCAAGCACAGCCAGAAACGAAAAGUCAACGGUAGACUCAGGUCAUCCGCACUCAUCUAAUACUGCACAAGCAGGAGUACCCCCUAUCCAAAGUUGUCAUGGUCAACCCGCAUCCCCUCACUCAAAUCACUGGGCACCUCCCGCAUGGCCUGCUCCGUCCUGGAAUCCAUUCCAAACUUAUAACGCACCCCCGCCUCCGUGUCCUCCACCACCGGCAUCGCUGCCGAACUUCACUUACUGGCCUCAAAGGCCACCUGCGCCUCCGCCUCUUCCUACGUUCAAUUCCCCGUUGAAAGCUACACAGACAUCGAACGUCAUGUCUGGAGAAUUGAAAACCGAUUCAGCAACUAAGUCCUUGUUUAUUGGGAAUGUUGGUUUCAAGGUUACCGAUAAGAUGAUACAGGAUGUGUUUGCUGCCAAGGGAUUCCUUGUCGAGGUGGAUCUCCCAUUAGAUACCGCAUCAAAAACACAUGCAGGCUUCGGCUACGUUCAUUUCCCCUCGGAUUAUCCGGCUUUUGCUGCAAUGGAAGCAUUGCAAGGUGCUGUCAUUGAUGGUCACUCGAUAAACCUUGAGCCUAUGUAUCGUUCCCCCAUCGAAGGUGUGCGUCCGGUGCAGAUUUCACCCAAUGCCAGUACAACCACACACGACACUCAGACAGACAGCGCCCCGGAUGAGACGAGCGAUAUAACCGAUGCUCCCUCUGAGCGAAACAGUACCACAUCGGGGCCCUUUGCCUACCCGCUUGCUAUCAAGCUACAAAAUAGUCCAUCCAAGCCUGGCAAAACGGAUAAUCAGACGGGACCGUCCGCACUACUUGAUUCCCCAAGUGACGAUCCUGCAUUUAGCGCACGUUUCCCCUCGCUUCUACCCGAGACGAGUGCACAGCGUAACGAUCCAUUGAGUGAUCAAGGUGUUUCCUCAUAUUCGCACACGGAGUCUGGUUUCCCACCUGUGUCUCAAUGGGAAGCCCAACUUCUUUCAAAUCGGCAGGAACACCGCGGAGCAGAACCUAUACCUGGUGUUUUGCAUAGUCAAUCACCAAACGACCUAGAACACCCUGAGGUACUCUCAACUCACGGUUCACCCUUGCAUCCUACCCCGAAGGCAUUUGCUGGAUCUCAACCAGCUUCUCGUCUAGAGGCAGCCGGCAAUCCGUCAUCGAUCGUUGGUGCUAGACGACCUUCCGACCAUAGUAAAUCAAUGCAAGAUCAAAUCGGUCAUUCUUCCGGUGCCAAGGAGACUGUGCGCCCAGUGCUAGAUGUCAAUGACCCCCAGUAUGCGGUCAAACUGAAGCGUCGAGUUACUGAGCACCAAACUUAUAAACCAAAUCAUUGGAACGCUGCGGAGACUGGCCGUCGUAAUCCCCUCGGUCAUUCCGCAAGCGUGCGUCGUCCUGCAGACACAUGGGCUCGGCUGUCUAGGCGAGAACGAAAUGGUGUAUCUUCUCACGAGCGAAUCCCCGGAAGCUUCCCAGUGGACGAUACAAUGAGGGUCGAACUCCCCAGCACUCAUGAUACCAAUGUUCCUGAGUCGGAUGACGGGACAAUCGAACAAUGUGUCUCUGCUCUUGUCGACAUGGGCUACGGGGCUGGACAGGAGGGCGGACGGUCGAGGAUGGCUGUGUAUGCAGCCAUGGCAAAUGGUGUCCUCACGGAUGCGAUUGAUAUGAUUGAAGAGGAAAGACAGAUCUAUGAACGGCGGCCUUCGCAGUGA